AUUGCUUUUCCGAACUGUGCCAAGGGGUCCAAGUAUUUACAAUAAAUAAGUGGCAAUCUCUUGGCAAAAGAUUUCUGAUGUCCAGCAGCUUUUAAGGUCACGAGGCACACACAGGGGAUCUGAGCAUCCGAGUUGAGCUUCUUCAUAUCACAAAUUAAAAGAAUAUCGACAUGAUGUUGAAAAGGAAAAUUUCAUUCGUACAUGUUGUGCUGUGCCUUUUGUUGGCUGAGCAGCUUCAAGGGCUGAUUGAAGAGGAAUUCAGUGGACAUGAAGAUGAGGACUUAAGCCAAGCCAUCCUAGAGAUGCUUCAUAUUAACAAGCUCUCAGUACCACAAAGGACCAAGCCUCACCCUUACAUGAAAUUAGUCUACAAGUUUCUUGACUCAAAGGAUGCUAGUGUCUUCUCCAGCUCUGAGGGGACUCUGGUGCAGAGCUUUAGAAGCAUACAUGAUUUAAAAUAUAGAACUCCUGGCUGGAUCUGGUUCAAUGUAUCCCACCUGAAACCCUCUAUGGCCAUAGCUGAACUAGUACUUCUUCGCAAAACACUCCAUCCACAGCCCCUGAGUGUCAGUAUUGCUGUGCACAGCAUCUUCUGUAAUGCAGACCACCUGACUGUCAGCAACCCCAUAGAGGAAAAGGUGCUGUCCCUGGAUGAGCCCCCUCCAUCUGGGUUCGAUGUUUUCAACGUCUCAUCCGCGUUGGUCCACAGGGUGGAUGACGUGGUGGGAUUUCAGUUUCGUUACACAGAUGAGAGCGGGAGUUUGGUCUUACAUGAGGCCUUGACACAGAGCCUGUAUUGCCUCAACUCCAGCUCACAAAAUGAGCCUCUGCUCGUCGUCUACCAGGCGCAGCUGGGCAGCGCUCAAGGAGCUCCCUGGGUUCCUGACCGCUUGCAGAGACAGCGCUGCAACGCUGCCAGGAAACGACAGCUACUUCAGCUGCUGGCCACACAGACCUACUCUCCGCAGCACUGCAGACUUCACCAGCGCUACAUUGACUUCCACUCUGUCAGUCUGGACUACUGGAUAUUACAACCUCCUGGGUUUCAUGCAACCUUUUGCAGGGGUAUCUGUCAUGUUCCAACAUCAAUUCAACAUGCUGAGGAAAACACAAAGAAGAGAUAUAAAGGAAAUGAAACAGCUAGUAGGCCUGUCUGUAUCCCACAAAAGUUAUCAUCACUGACUGUGAUGUACAGAAAUGACAGAGGUGACGUCAUCAUUAAGAUCCUCAAGGAUAUGAAAGCCGAAAACUGUGUCUGCCAGACAAAUACUCAUUAUUAAAUACAAUAAUGGCUGCAAUAGUGUGCAAUAAUUAUUACAAUAAUAAUAGCUUG